AUGACGUCGCAUCCGAUUUAUUUUCUCUGCCUUUGUAAACCAAAUUAGCAUUUUUCUUCAUCCAUUGGUAUCGUUUCGAGUUUUUACUUGUCUUGUUUAAUUGUUGUUUUAGCUUUGAUUUGUUGUUGUUUACAUUCCUGUAACUGUGAAGACGAGUGAAGUGCUUCUUCCACUGCUGUGCUCCUGUUUAUUCCACAAAUCGGUCGCUGAGGGAAGACCAAACAGAGCAGCGUCAUGUCUGCAGAGCUGGACCUGUCUCCUCCAGAGGUCCCUGAGCCCACUUUGCUAGAAAGCAUUCUGCGCUAUGGGUUGUUUCUGGGCGCCAUCUUCCAGCUCAUCUGCAUCCUGGCCGUCAUCUUCCCCACGUCAAAGGGCCAUGAACAGGAGGAAACCGAGUCCACUGAUGGUAAAUCUGCCGAACAGAUGAAGAAACCUAAAGGACCAGCACCUCAGAUUCGACAGAAACCAAAGAAAGAGAGCAAGAAAAAGCGAUGAACAGCUUUGGGUCUCACUGUGUGUGUUUGUGUCCUGAUUGUGUGAAUGGACGUGAGUGGUCACUGCCAAUACUGGAUUAUGAAAGUUAGCAUUUCAGUUUUCACUACAAGUAUAUGAAACACUCAUGUGUAUAAAAAUUGAUGCGCAUUGAGUUGAUACUCUUCAGAAUGACCUCUGUUUGCGUCCUACUCUCAUUCAACACAGAAUUACAAAAAGCUAAUAAUUACUGUGGCAUUUACUGACUAAUAAUUACUACAUUUUUCAUUGGCUACGUUUUUAUGUACUUUGUUUAUAAUUGAACAUCACUGAGUGAAUUGUGUUUGCAUUAAAACAGACAAAUAAACAUGUA